CUCAGGCUGGGCAUAUUUCCGCCUAACUCUGGCUAAACCUCAGCACGAAGGGCUGGAGAAGGAGUCGAUAGGAAGCCGGGGAGCGGGGGAGGGAGGCUGCGGGGCUCUCCAGCACAGCCACGGCAAAGCCCGGGCAGGCUGGAACCAUGCUUUUCCUCUGGGCACUGGCGUUUGUUCUAGUCCUGCAGGAGCAAGAUCCUUUAGCUGCUGCCGAUCCUGUCAGUGUGGAACCUGGAAGUCUGGAAAGAGGAACCUGGUGUAAUGAACACAUGCUCCACGAACGCUUAGAUACUAUUGAAGAGAAGGUAAUAAAAACAGUGGAGCACCUAGAAUCAGAAGUCAAAUCGCUCCUCAACAUGAUCAGUGAGACAACAGUGAAUAUCCCCACCGUUCCAGGAACUCCACUUAUAGAUGCUUUUGAUGAUACCAGCUGAGCACUGUGAAGACAGAAGAUAGCUGAAUGUAACAGUGUGGUUGUCAUAAACAGUUGCACUUUUGAUCAUUUAAUAAGCUCAUGUUUCCAGAAUUUGUGCAGGGUGAACAAUCCUCAGCUGUAGCUUGUCUUCUGUGUUGCUGUGCUUUAUAAUAAAAAGGUAUUUGCUUUCAGA